AUGGCUCGCCAUUUCAAAAACAAUGCAUGCGUUGGCCGAGAAAACAUGCCCUAUGCCUGCUCAGAAGCUGAAAUUUUACCUCAUCCCAAUAUGCCGGUACUUAUCAGUCUGGUUCCUGACAAUUUAUCACUCAGCCGGGCCCGCAUACCUGGGCUGGGUCUCGAUGGUCUGGAUUACUACUCCGUAGCUAUAGAUCUACCUACUAUAGCUUGGUCUGGAUGA